UUGCUAGGAAAAACACGAGAUCUGCCGGAAAGGCCCGAGAAGUUGCGAUAUGUAGUGCAGACGACAGUGGACGUGAUGUCAAGAGUCGGAUAAAACUAUAGUUCUGUGGAAGAAGAGGCCGUCGACCAGGAAGAGGAGUAAACACGAAAUAGGAAGAUCAAACAUGGAUAUUGUCGCCAUUUUGAGUUGUAGGUCUUUAUGAGGUGCAUAGUUUGUUAAACGAAACCUACUACUCAAUCACGUGAUUUUAUACAGGAAACCUAACCAGGAAGAGAAAAAACAAGCACAUUUUCGCCAUUUUGAGUUGAAGGUGAAAAGAUGCAUUACGAGACUCAGGUAACCGAUCGAUAGGAGAGUCGCUAGCUGUAUUCAGGCCGUCGCUCAGACGACAGUGCAUGUGCUUGUAGAGCUGGACGUACACAUGUUUAACGCCCCACUGUUUUAUUGCAAUGGAGACAUUUUGAAUUGUUUCAGUACUGGGAGAUGUGUUUAUAAAAUGGUUCUAAUGCAUGAACAUGAGUAAAAGUAUCUGACCAUGGACAAGCGCUGGGCCCAGGAUGUGUUACGGUGUCGUCUCUGUGAGACCCCGGGCCCCCUUAUGUACUGUGACAUUUGUCACAUACAUCUGUGUAAAGCCUGUGUGGGGGAACAUCUCUCUGAUCAAUCCAAAGAACACAAAGUGCUGCCAUUUGAAAAGAGAGGAUCUACUCCUAAAUGUCGAAAACAUCCCUCAAACAUAAGUGUACUUUACUGUGAACAAUGUGACAUUCCUAUUUGUGCAACAUGUGCUUCCUCUAAAGAACACUGCGAACAUAAAUUUAUUGAAAUAAUUAAAAACAUUGACAGCAAGAAAGAAAUAAUUCAAAAAGAUUUACAAGAACUGAAGAAAUCCAUUUUACCUAAAUACCAAGAGAUUGCAUCCAUUAUCCCAGUCCAAAGAUCUGCUCUGAAUGAAAACUCCCAGAAAUUAACAACAGAAAUCGACAAACAUGGAGAAGACUUGCACACAGAAAUAAACACCAGUAUCAGAAACAUGAAAUCUAACAUGGAGGAAAUGGACACCAAACACCUGGCUGUCUUAGACAAAGAGGAAGAUAAAGUUAAACACACCAUUUCUGAAAUCACACAGAUCAUUGCUGAACUGAAGAAGUUACUGGACUCCAAUGAUGUCAGCCGUGUCUCUGCCUACAAAUCCAGGAAUGCUGAAUUCAGAAGAUUGCCUCCUAAACUCACGGUGUCCUUACCAAGUUUUACCCCUCAGAAGAUCAACAAAGAACAGCUUUAUCAACAGUUUGGUUCUCUGUCAGCGUCAUCUAUCAAAACAGAAGAACAUGGCUACACCAUGGAAUCUCCCGGUGCUGAGUCCUCUCCCCCGGACAGACCGCUCAUUGAUGUACCACGGAUCAUCACACAGAUAUACACCGAGUGUAGAGGAUUACGCCGUGUGUCCUGUCUGAGUGAUGAGGAGAUGUGGACGAGUGGUGAUGACACAAUCAUGAGACUGUACAACCUGAGUGGGGAACAAGUGAAGUCAGUCCAAACCAAGUCAGGGGACUCUCCACAGGACAUAGCAGUGACAAGGAGUGGGGAUCUAGUUUAUACUGAUUACAAAGAUAGAACUGUGAACAUAGUGAAGAAUAAAAAGAUAAAGACAGUGAUCAGACUACGGGGGUGGAGACCUCGCGGUGUCUGUAGUACCUCCUCUGGUGACCUCCUGGUUGUCAUGGACAGUGAUGAUGAUAAACAAACAAAAGUUGUGUGUUACUCUGGCUACACAAAGAAACAAAGUAUUCAUUACGACGACAAAGGACAACCUCUCUAUUCAUCUGAUGGAGAUAAAUACAUCAAUGAGAACAGGAACCUAGAUAUAUGUGUGUUAGACCGUAGAGCCCGUGCAGUAGUGGUGGUCAAUCAGGCCGGGAAACUCCGGUUUACCUACACUGGUCCUCCCUCUACUACCUGGGGAUCAUUUGAUCCAUACGGCAUCACAACAGACAGCCAGGGUCGGAUCCUGACAGCAGACUGGGGCAUAUAUAACAACAACCGAAUCCACAUCCUGGAUCAGGACGGACAGUUCCUCCGCUACAUUGACAACUGUGAUUUACAGUAUCCUUGUGGUUUAUGUGUGGACACCAGAGACAACCUCUUUGUGGCUGAGUGGAGAACAGGUAAAGUGAAGAAAAUACAAUAUGUCUAGAACAUUACACAGCAGUGUAACAUUGUUUAUAUGUAUUACAUGUUGACAAACUGACUGUUUGGUUAUAUAAAACAUGUAUUAGCAUAAAGAUGAUUAAUAUAUUAUAUAAUAGAGUCACACAUAUAUAUAUAUACGUCCAUUUAGUUCAUUUCAACAAUAUCAUUGUUUUGUUUAUCAUGUUUAUACAUCAUACUAACAAACUGUUUUAGUGUAGUGUUUGUAUUGUCCACAAAUUGACCGUUUAUACAUUUAAUGUCAAAACAAACUGUGUACAAUAUAAGAAUACAAUCGGAGAAACUGUGUUUGGUAUUUGUCAAAGAAAUCAAAACAUUUUAAUGUUGACAAAAUGACACUAAUGGUUGAAUUAGAUAUCUUUGAAAAACUUUUUUUAGCUCUCCUUUAUAUUAAGUUAUGAGUUAAUUUCUACCCUUUAUAUAAGAAAAAAUAAAUCAUACGUUUUCUUCUCUCAAACAUUAUCAAAGCAGAAAAAGUAAAGGUACAUGUACCACAUUUGUUGAACAUUAGAAUGGUGUUUAUUUUAUCUUUGUCCAUUAUGAUUUCUGUCACUGAAGAUUAAGUAACUUUUGUUUCUUACACACUAGUAAUAAACCCUGCAGUUGUACAUUGUAUACUUUAAAUAAUGUGUUAUCAUGUCUAAUAAAUGAUUUGUAAACAACUUUG